AUGCCGAUGGUCAAGCUGAAUGUCGGUGGGCGAAUGUUUCGCACAUCCGAAAGCACGCUGCGUGCCUGUGGAGAUUUCUGUGCCCGACUGUUAGACGGCGAGAUCCCAGUUGAUCGAGAUGAGGACGGAGUCCUCUUCUUGGACAGGGACCCUGACCUCUUCGACUGGGUAUUGCGUUUUGCACGCACAGGUGAGAUCCAGAAGGACAUGCCGGGUGCGUUGAAGGCCGAAUUCGAUUUCCUGCUUUUGUCAUGGCCGCCGUGUUGCCAGCGAUGCGGAGUGUACUUCGACACUGCCCGCAACUCUGACACGUCGUGUCGACACCAUCGUUUUCCGUGGCUAGAGGACGUUGAAAUUUCACGCGAAGAUCGCGCUUGUUGCCCUUGGCCUGAAAGAUCUGAAAAGGGGUGCUGCAAAAAUUGCGGCACCGAGAUCUGUGGACGCCAGGUCUUCAAGUCUUAUGUGAGGCGCUACAUCUGCUGCAAGGGCAGGAUCGACGUGCUGGGAGGGCUAGCCUUCGUCCUCGUGGCGUUGCUCGGGCCCGCUCCCGCCACAGCUUUUGCUGGAUCAGAGCUAGAUAGCAACUGGCAGUGGGCUUCAGACUUUCCUCUCCGAGGGCCAAGCACAGCAACGCAGCUUCUGAACAGUUCUUGUUUGGAACACGAUGCCGUUGUUGUCAAGGCGGAAGAAGUAGCCGUGGAGGUGCAGGACCCGGCCCAGAAGAGAAAGGAGGAACAGGAAAGAAGAAAAGCUGAGGCCAAGGCCAAGCGCGAGGAGGAGGAACAGCGAAGAAAGGACUGGCUCUGUGGCUCUGCGCGCGGGUGUUGA